AUGGAGAAUCCGACAGAGAUUAAUCAUUCCGGAGCUAUAUCAAGAAUACCAAUAAAAGUUGAAAAUGACGAACUGACCAGGAAGGAACCCGUUUGGGUGUUCGGUUACGGAUCAUUGUGCUGGAACCCUGGAUUUGAAUACCAGCAGUGCGUCACGGGAUACGUAAAGGGGUUUUCUAGAAGAUUUUGGCAAGGCAACACAACUCAUCGGGGAACUGAAUCCAAGCCGGGUCGAGUCGCAACACUCAUAGAAGACAAUGAGGGCAUCACGUGGGGCAAGGCGUUCCUAAUAGCGGCAGAGAACCACGCGGCGCUCCCCUAUCUCUCCACCAGGGAAUGCCAGCUGGGCGGAUACCGUACGUACACCGUCAACUUCCACCCUAGGCCGGCGCCAAUCGCCACUUCCAGCUCAUUCCAGCAGGAUAACAAGGACGCGCUUCUCUACAUCGCCCUGCCCGAGAACAGGCAUUGGCUCGGCGCGGCGCCCCUUCCCGAUAUAGCGCGGCAGAUCCUCGAGUGCCAGGGCUCGUCAGGCAGCAAUGUCGAGUAUCUCCUCAAGCUGGCGGACUUCAUGCGCGAGGAGAUACCAGAAGCGUUGGACGAGCACCUCUUCUCGCUAGAGCGUCUCGUCAGAAAGUUCGCGAGCGACAUGAAGAUAUGCCUCAGAACGCUGAUGGGCGAGACGGAGAGGGGCGAGCCGAAACGCGAGGCCAAACCGCCGCCGCCCAGCUUCCAGUUCGCCUCCAGGGUGCCCGAUAAGAAGCUGCGCUGCGUCAACAUG